AUGGUCAUCUCCAUGGCACGUACCAAGCAGACGGCACGAAAAUCUACAGGAGGCAAGGCCCCCAGAAAACAGCUCGCUACCAAAGCUGCUCGUAAAAGCGCACCAGCCACGGGUGGCGUUAAGAAACCGCAUAGAUACAGGCCAGGAACUGUCGCCCUCCGUGAAAUUCGGAGAUACCAGAAGAGCACUGAGCUUCUCAUCAGGAAGCUGCCAUUCCAGCGCUUGGUCCGGGAAAUCGCUCAGGAUUUUAAGACCGACUUGCGUUUCCAGAGUUCAGCUGUCAUGGCUUUACAGGAAGCAAGCGAAGCUUACCUUGUUGGUCUCUUUGAGGACACCAACCUGUGCGCCAUUCACGCCAAGAGAGUAACCAUCAUGCCCAAAGACAUCCAGCUGGCCAGACGUAUUCGUGGAGAGCGUGCUUAA